GUACGCAACAACCACCCGGAGCCUCACCAAGCAUUUUUGAAGAAGUCACUGCAUGUGCUCCAACUUCACAGCUUAGAUGAAUCUUCAAUAGAUGGGGCUAUUACUUCCCGUCUAUCCAACGUGCUGCACUGUGCAAGGCAUCCAAUUUACGGGGCUGCAUGCAUAGGCAUUUUGCAAGGCUAGUUGGAAGACUAACACCCCCUCCAUGAUCACAUUGUGCGUAUCCUUCUUGGCGCUCUAAACCUGAUCAUCAGUGGAAGUGCUCCCGCACGGCAGCAGCCCAACUGUGACAUCCUUCCACUGUUCAGUGUGCUCAGGCUGGCUGGCUGCUGCACAAGCACCAUGGAGAAGAAAUCACCUAAGCAUGAGAGCAGCGGCAAAGGACAGGAGUCUCUAUCCUACCAGAGGAGGAUGUGGAAGAAUUUCCAGGAGAAAACCAAGCCUUGGCUCAGUCCUAAACUGGGAUCUGAGCGUCGGAGUUCCGGGGGCGCGGAGGGCAGCAAAAAGGAAUCGGGGUUAUGGAUGUUUAAGAGGAAAAAGAAACAGUUGGACCGGGUGUUCUCGUCGUCUCAGCCGAAUCUGUGUUCCACUCCUCCAGCGUCGUUUGAAGGAGAAGUGAAGUCCCAUGGAAGCGACCAGGUCCCCGGCACCAGCAGCGAAGGGCAGCCUCUGCAUCCUCUUGGCGCAGCUUCUGGAGCCACGGGGAGCAAACCCGAGCUGACUGCGCAUGGAAGCCCCAAACUCGCCAUAUCCCAGCUGAUCACGUACCAGCAGAAGAGCUCCUCUCUCGGCUCGGCGUGCUUCGAGAAACUCGUGGUGGACCCGGCCGUGGUGGUGGGAGAGGAGGAUCAGCUGCGUAAAAACGCAAGUGAUUCUGGCAUCAACAUCGUGGGUCCUAGUAAUGCAGAGCCCCCGCCACGACCUUCUAGUCCAGCUAUGUACCAGCUGGAUAUCGUCCUGAAGAAAGGGAACAACCUGGCCAUCCGAGAUCGGACCGGCACCAGUGACCCAUAUGUGAAGUUUAAGAUAGCAGGGAAGGAGGUUUUUAGGAGUAAGACCAUCCAUAAGAACCUCAACCCGGUGUGGGACGAGAGAGUAAGCCUCCUGGUGGACACCCUGAAAGACCCGCUAUACGUCAAGGUUUUUGACUAUGACUUUGGACUUCAGGAUGAUUUCAUGGGCUCUGCAUACCUCCACCUGGAGUCACUGGAACAUCAGAGGUCACUGGAUGUGACGUUGGACCUGAAGGACCCACAGUUCCUUGAACACAACCUGGGCAGCCUGGACCUCGGUGUCACUCUGUCACCAAAGGAGGGAGACAUGAAGGAUGCCACCAUGCUUUUGAGAAGGAACUGGAAACGAUCUAGUAAGUAUCAGAGCAUGCGCCUGUCAGAUGUGCACAGAAAAUCCCAGCUGUGGCGAGGGAUAGUCAGCAUCAGUCUGAUCGAAGGCCGCAGCCUCCAGCCAAUGGACGCCAACGGCCUCAGUGACCCUUACAUCAAAUUCAGGAUGGGGCACCAGAAGUACAAGACCAAGACAAUUCCCAAAACGCUGAACCCUCAGUGGAGAGAGCAGUUUGACUUCCACCUGUAUGAGGAACAGGGAGGCUACGUGGACAUCACGGUCUGGGACAAAGACGCUGGCAAGAAGGAUGACUUCAUGGGAAGGUGUACCGUAGACCUGACACAUCUCAGUAAAGAACAGACACACAAGCUGGAGCUGCCGCUGGAGGAAGGUGAAGGUGUUCUGGUGCUGCUGGUUACACUCACUGCCUCCGCCGCCGUUUCCAUCUCAGACCUGUCUGUCAACAUGCUGGACGACCCGAACGAGAGACAUCAGAUCAUGCAGAGAUAUAGCCUGUGGAGGUCAUUCAACAGCCUGAAAGAUGUCGGUGUGGUGCAGGUAAAGGUCAUCAGGGCUGAGGGACUGAUGGCAGCAGAUGUCACAGGUAAGAGUGACCCUUUCUGUGUGGUGGAGCUGAGUAACGAUCGGCUGCAGACACACACUGUCUACAAAAACCUCAACCCAGAGUGGAACAAAGUCUUCACUUUUAACGUGAAGGACAUCCACUCGGUACUUGAGGUCACUGUUUACGACGAGGACCGAGAUAGAAGUGCCGACUUUCUGGGGAAAGUGGCUGUUCCUUUACUAAAUAUCCAAAAUGGAGAACGCAAAGCCUACGCCUUGAAAAGCAAGGAGCUGACAGGGCCAACAAAAGGGGUCAUCUUUCUCGAAAUAGACGUGAUUUUUAAUGCUGUGAAGGCUGGUCUCAGGACGUUGAUUCCCAUAGAGCAGAAGUAUAUCGAAGAGGAGCCCAGAGUGUCCAAACAGCUGCUGUUGCACAACUUUAACAGAGUUCGUCGCUGCAUCAUGUUCCUGAUCAACACAGGCUGCUUCAUCAACAGCUGCUUCGAAUGGGACUCUCCGCAGAGGAGCAUCUGUGCUUUUGUAGUUUUUGUCAUCGUUGUGUGGAACUUUGAACUCUAUAUGAUUCCUCUGGCGUUGCUGCUGCCUCUGGUCUGGAACUACAUCCUCAUCGCGUCAGGGAAGGAUACCAGGCAAGACAUGCAAGCAGUGGAGGACCUGCUGGAGGACGAGGAUGAGGAUUUUGACAAAGAUGACAAGGACCCUAAACCAGGCCCCUGGGAGGACAGCAGUGAUAAAAACCAUAUCCUCGAGGAUAUUUUGGCUUCCUGGCACUUUGAGUGGAUACGAGCGAUGGUGGACUCGGAGAGAAAGGGCUUCAUGAACAAGCUUUAUGCCAUUCAGGACGUGUGCAUCAGUGUGCAGAAUGCACUGGAUGAAGUGGCCUCCUAUGGCGAGAGGAUAAAGAACACAUUUAACUGGACUGUGCCUUUCUUAAGCUGGCUGGCCAUUGUGGCUUUCGGAGCCGCCACCAUCCUCAUCUACUACAUUCCUCUGCGAUACAUUGUGCUAGCUUGGGGGGUGAAUAAAUUCACCAAGAAGCUGCGAGACCCUUACACCAUUGAUAACAACGAGCUGCUAGACUUUCUGUCCAGAGUGCCCUCAGAUGUACAAGUGGUGCAGUACCGAGAGCUGAAACUGGAUCCCAAUCCCAGUCCAAAUAAAAGGAAGAAAAAUAACCCCGGGUAGAUGACUAAAAUGACUCUGUCCGCCCACCGACGCUUCUCUUCUUUUCUCCACUUUUCUUCUCAUGGUCUAUAACUGGACACUGAGGAGCAGAGGAAGCCUGGACCACAUCGGCUCAGCUAUCUUUCCUUUUUUUCCUUUUCUAUGUUCUUCUCUUAAACCUUUUUUUCUGUCUCUAAAUCCUCAUGGCGUUCAGUACAGUAUACUACAAUACAGUACAGUUUCCUGAAGUGUAAUAUUUGUAGAAAAAAAGACAAGUAAAAAAAAUCUUAUCACUUUUAGGAUUUUGAUUGAUUUUAAAUGUUGAGUUGGAAAGAUGGAUGGAUUGACCUUUUUCUCAGCCGUGGGAUCCAAUCCCUUUUUCUUCUCUCCAUCACUCUGACAGCUCGGAGGACUCUGUCCAUCUGCUUGCCACAAGUGACAAGUGUCACACAACGAGUUUAAGCAUUUAUACAUAUCGUCGCAAAAAUACAUUUUUACUGCAUCCAUGUUUAUACAAGCCUUAUACUAACUUUCUGCAAUAUACUUUUACGUUUCGUUUUUAGCUCAUUUAUUAAAUGAUUUUGGUAAUAUUUUUUAAUUGUUUUUGUACUGAAGUAUCUUUGGUUUUCUCUCUUGGAUGCUGUAAUGAUAUUAUGUUCACUGGCAGUAAUUUGGAUUGUUUCCACUUAACUCAGCCGGCCAAGUUGAUGAGCAAUUAUUGUAGUAGCCUCCAGAUAUGUCCCUUUACACAAACACAAACCUGGACCAACAGGCUGAAGGCUUGUGAUGCUAUCUGUCCGUGCUUUAAAACAAUGGCCAAAUGUGCUCUUUUAAAGAUAUUAAUCCCACACAAAAACAGGAACCACAAUGGUAUUAGUUAAAGUACAGUGAGUCUGUUCUUCCUAAAAUAGAUUGUGAUUACAUAAUCAUCAUUAGAUAAUACCCAAAGGAAACACUGUUAAGUAUUACACAGUUGGUGAGUUAUCCCAAACCUUUAUCACUGCCACCUAUCCAGAUAAUAUAGACUAGCCUUGUGUAACCCUUUAAAAACGUCAAAAUCCCCUGCCAGUCCGUCAGCGGGCCCACUGACAGGGCCUUCUGAUGUCAUGGUGUUAAUAUAGAUGUCGCCCAGUCACUACAGAGUGUCGCCAGGCCUUUAGGCAGCCACAGCCCUAAUCUGGUUUGAAAGGCUGGUCUCCUUUCCUCCCAUCUCCCUGUGUGUUUUCCUCAGCGGCCACACAAGAAAGCCCUCAAACGCACGCAUAUGUGCAUGCAGACAUCUUAAAAAAAACAACAACAACAUGAAUACACUGCUUCUUUAAGAGAUUCCGCAUACACAGACUGUACCUACUUGCUCACAGAUGAAAGCAUAAGAUCCCAUUUGAGCAGGCACUUUCUCUCCCUCUUAGGCACACACACUCACACAAACAUGCUCUCUGUGAUGCUGUGCCCCAGGCUGGCCGCCCUCUCCAUCUGCCCCACCUCCUGUGCCCACAGCUCAACUUUGAUCCGUCUUCCCAGAGACACAGCCUUGUGUAUGUGAACUGUGCAUGUAAGAGUGUUUGCGUACACACGUUUAUGCAAUCAAAGACACAUUGCUUUUCCCUGCGCCGGUGUGUGUUUCAAUUGUAUCUCCCCUCCAGCUGUAGACUGAUGCUUAGAUUCAGUCGAUGUGUGUCAGCAUGUAGAACUGUGUGUGUGUGUGUGUGUGUGGUGCAGCGGAAGUGCCAGCUGUUAUUUGGUGUGGAGUUCGCUGGUGUAGAGGGCCGUCAGCUAGAUGAGCAGCAAGUCUCUCUGUGACAGGACGAGGCUCUGAGGGGACUUAGGCUGAGGUGUCCGGGAUGUGUGUGUGUGUUUUAUGCUAUUCUAGAUCCCUCUUCCCAUCCUGCUUCUCUCCGUUUGCUCUCUCUGCGGUUCCCUCAUUCGUCAGAGAGCGGGGUUGCGACCCUGUCUGAAGGGACGGUCUCCUGGGCUUCUUGCUGAGCAUCUGUUGAAAGAUCACAGCUCAGGCUACAUUUGAGGAGGUCUCCCCUCAUCCUACUGAUCCCUGCCUACAUCUCCCCCACUUCUUCAUCUUUUUGUUCCCUCUCCCCCUUCGUCUGUCUCUGUCUGUCUGUAUUGCUCUAACCCCCCCCCCUCCACACCACAACUAGAGCUCCUCUCUGCCAUUUUGUCAUCCUCUCGCCCUGCCUGUCUGCUUGCCAUCGGCUGUACCCCCCACUCCACUUUUAUCCAUCCAUCUCCAUACUUAAAUAUCAACAGGCUUGGAUCUGUCACUCCAGAGGGCCAUUGAUUUUGUUUUGAGGAAUCCACUUGAAAGACAAUAACAGACUGUCCCCUAAGAGCAGCGUCUCAGACUGAUUAUAGCCUCCUCAACAAACACACUCUGUCUCGUGAAGGAUGGCUUUUUAGAAGGCCUGGAGGGACUGUUUGAAUACCUGAUAUGUACUGUAUGUGUCUACUACUGUAUGUAGUUAUUUUUCAGCAAAUUGUAGUGACUAGUGUGUGGUAUUGCAUCCAAAUACCGUUUCCUUUUAUUAUUGGAUUUUAGCUCUGUUUGCAAGCAAACCAAAGUGUUUUUAUUUUAUAUGAUGUAGAGAAAAUAUAUAACGGAAUGUAUCAGACUGACAGCUGUAAAGGGAAAAAAAGCACUUUCAUUUGCACCAAGUUAAAAUGAGACUAUUUAUUUUUUAAAUAUUGUACAAAGCUUACUAUUUAAUUUAUGUUUGUAUUUUAUACAGUAUGCCUGUUGAUGGUCUGGUGUUGUAAAGUAGGUGUAUGCCUGCCUCAUUUUAUAAAAUCUGUCUUUUUCCGCCUGCAACGUUGCCUGCCUGUUCAUCUUCAUGUGCCCAGUUCUGACCAAGAACAGAAAUAAGGAGCUGAGACAUAGGUUGGUCAGGAGUGGGAAAAGAAAAUAUGAUGUAUAUUUCCUGUUUGAGAAAUGAAAUGCAUCUGAUGUAUGUUGCUUAUUUUGAAAAAGAACAUGAGAUUAAAUAUUUUGUAUCAUCUUCAGAGUGUCUGGAUUAUUGCAAAA